UUGUUCUGCUGCUGAGUUGAACGGACUGCGUGCAGGUCAGAGGGAGAUGGACAGCUGUGUGGCUCUCAUUCUUCUGUCCUCCACAAUUUCACUCACCACAGCUGGCAAUGUGACGUUGGUGGAUGGUGGCAGUCGCUGUGCUGGGAGAGUGGAGAUUCAUUAUAAUGGAACGUGGGGAACAGUGUGUGAUGAUGGCUGGGAUAUGAGAGAUGCUGCAGUGGUGUGUAAAGAGCUGGGCUGUGGAGAUGCUGUAGAUGCACUGAGAAGUGCUCGUUUUGGAUCAGGAUCAGGGCCAAUCUGGAAGGAUGAUGUGGACUGUAGUGGAUCAGAGUCUACAUUGAUCAACUGUUCAUCGCCUGAAUGGGGUAAUCAUAACUGUGAUCAUUCUGAAGAUGCUGGAGUCUUCUGCUCAGGAAAUCUUCUCUUUGAUACCAUUGACAGUGUGAGGUUGAUUGAUGGUGGCAGUCGCUGUGCUGGGAGAGUGGAGGUUCAGUAUAAUGGAACAUGGGGAACAGUGUGUGGUGAUUACUGGGAUAUGAGAGAUGCUGCAGUGGUGUGUAGAGAGCUGCGCUGUGGAGAGGCUGUAGAUGCACUGAGUGAUGCUCACUUUGGACCAGGAUCAGGACCAAUCUGGAUAAAUACUGUACACUGUAGUGGAUCAGAGUCUACACUGAGGAAUUGUAGAUCACCAGGAGGGGGAAAACAUGCUUGUAAUCAUACUAAAGAUGCAGGAGUCAUUUGUUCUGGAAUCAGGCUGGUUGGUGGGUCUCGCUGCUCUGGGAGAGUAGAGGUGCUUCAUGGAGAGACCUGGUCCACAGUGUGUGAUGCUGACUUUGACCAGCAGGAUGCAGAGGUUAUGUGUCGAGAGCUGAGCUGUGGGCUUCCUGUGGAGGUGCUGGGAGCAGCUGCUUUUGGCAGAGGGGAGGGUCAGGUGUGGUCAGAGGAGUUUCAGUGUAGAGGCAACGAAUCUCAGAUUCACUUAUGUCCAACAUCAUCUUCACUUAAACACGACUGCUCCCAUGACAGUGAUGUGGGUCUGGUGUGUGCUGGUAAGAGCUGCACCUUUUCCUGUUAGCCUUAGAUUCUAUGCUGUGAUGAACUAUUUAAAAGGCUAUUCUACCAAUUACAGACAGUGUGAGGUUGGUGGAUGGCGGCAGUCGCUGUGUUGGGAGAGUGGAGGUUCUUCAUAGAGAACAGUGGGGAACAGUGUGUGAUGAUGGCUGGGAUAUGAGAGAUGCUGCAGUGGUGUGUAGACAGCUGGGCUGUG